AUUUUUAUUGCUGCUGCAGUCAUUUCCCACUGAGGUUCUCUGGGUCCUGAGGUCAAAUGCUGGGCUUGGAGCCAUGGGGCUCAAUCCAGCAGCCAUCCCCCCAUGCACCAGAGCUGGAUGCUGAGCAAGGAACAGCAACAUCAAGUGCUGGGAUCCAGCAGCCCACCUUGUGUGAAGGAGUCCCCUGCUGCUGCAGUUAUUGAGCAGUUCAGCUUGCUGUCUGCAUCACCUGUGUGUCCCCACCCUGUGCUGGUUGGGCACCAUGAGCUGUUCUGCAGUGAUCACAUUGUGCUUGGCCAGGCUGCAGCUGCUCAUACAACUGCAAUGAGUUCAGCACAAGUCUCUGCUCCCUCACUGGUGUUAGAAUACAAGGGGAAGGGGGGGCUUUUCCCCUUUGCAGUGCUCAGAGCAGCCCCCAUGGGGACAACAGCAUUGGUAGGUUCAUGGCCAGUGUCUGCAUGGCCAAGUGGGGGCUGUAGUUGUCAUUCCCAGCCCCAUAGGAAAUCCCUGUUCCUCCACUCCCCCCUUUCUCUGCUCUUUAGCAGCAUAGCUGGACCAGACCUAAGCCUCCAACCCAUGUAUCCCCACCACUGUCUAUUUCUCCUGCCUGAUGGCAGCAUUUGGCCCAUGACUUUCAUGCAUCGUACUGUUGGUGCUCAGGGCUGACACAUAGCAAUGCUCUCAAUUGCAAAGAAUGGAGGUUAUCAGCUCCCAGCUAUUCAGAGCUGCCCUUACUAGCCCUGAUAUCUGGCUGUGCCCACCUACAAUCAUGCUGCCCUCCAUCGUGGGCAGCCCAGCGCUCCAUCAGCCAACUGGGAGGAGAAACCCAUGGGAAGGCAGAAACCCAGCCUAUAAAGCAGCCUCCCCUUUGGCAUGAGGAGAAGUGGCUGGUGAAGGAGGAGACCACGUUGGGAGCACGAGAUGCUGGCAGGAGGCAGCAGGAGGGUGCAGCAGUGUCUGCUCAUCGUGGCUGUUGCAUGGAGUGCCAACUUCUUCCACUCACCAGCCCUGGCUUUGCAGAGGAUCGCGUUGCGGAGGAUGCCCUCCAUCCGGCAGACCCUAAAGGAGAUGGGUAUGAAGGUGUCCGACGUGUACCCAGAGCUGCGGCAGAGGAGCUGGGGGGCGGGCGGCCCCCGAAACGGAACAGCUCCCACCCUCCUCACCAACUACCUGGAUACACAGUAUUAUGGCGAGAUCAGCAUCGGAACCCCCCCACAGACCUUCAAGGUGGUCUUUGACACGGGCUCAGCCAACCUGUGGGUACCGUCCUGCAAGUGCUCCCCACUCUACAGCGCCUGCAUUUCCCACAGCCGCUAUGACUCCUCCAAGUCACGGACAUACAUAGCCAAUGGUACAGGCUUUGCCAUCCGCUAUGGGACAGGCAGCGUCAAAGGCUUCCUCAGCCAGGAUGUGGUCAUGGUAUCGGACAUCCCCAUCAUCCAGGUCUUUGCUGAGGCCACGGUGCUGCCUGCAUUUCCCUUCAUCUUUGCCAGGUUUGAUGGGGUCCUGGGCAUGGGCUACCCCAGUCAGGCCAUUGAUGGCAUCACCCCCGUCUUCGACCGGAUCCUCUCCCAGCAGAUCCUCAAGGAGGACGUGUUCUCUGUCUACUACAGCCGAGCUUCAAAGAAUGCUCCUCUGAAGCCUGGUGGGGAAAUCAUUCUGGGGGGCACCGACCCAGCCUACUACACCGGGGACUUCCACUACCUGAGCAUCAGCAGGAAUGGGUACUGGCAGAUCAACAUGAAGGGGGUGUCUGUAGGGGCUGAAACAUUGUUCUGCAAGGAGGGCUGCUCAGUGGCCAUUGACACCGGAGCAUCCUACAUCACUGGCCCAGCUGGCCCUGUGUCUGUGCUGAUGAAAGCCAUUGGAGCAGCAGAGAUGACUGAAGGAGAGUACGUGGUUGACUGUGAGAAGGUCCCUCAGCUGCCCAACAUCUCCUUCCAUCUGGGUGGGAAGGUGUACACACUUGGUGGCUCAGCCUACAUCCUCCGGCAAACCCAGUACGGGGAGGACAUCUGCGUGGUGGCUUUCACAGGGCUGGACAUCCCUCCCCCUGCUGGACCCCUCUGGAUCCUGGGUGCCAGUUUCAUCGGGCAUUACUACACUAAAUUCGACCGUCGCAACAACCGCAUCGGCUUCGCCACCGCCCGCUGACCGCCGGGGGGUGCUGGGAGCCAGCUGGGGGGGUGAACGAUUCAACACACACAAACGAGAGCAGAGCUUCCUUAAAGCACAGCCACCUCCUCUCUGCACUGAAGCAACUGCAAAGCCUCGUGUUCUCCCACUCCAAAACCCCCGCUCUGCUUCCCGAGAGCCUCUGAUAUCAUGGGGUGAGGGUGGGAGGGGGGAGAGCAGAGCCUGGGAGCAUCGUAUGGAGGAAUCAAAGUGGGAUCCUGCAGCUGGAGCUGCACCUCGGGGGGGGGCUUUGCAGAGUGAUGUGAAUUGCUGCUGGCUGGGGCAGAGGAGCUUGCAGGUUGCAGACCCUGCGGAGUGAUGUUUGGUUGCUGUUCUUGUUCUCAGAUGGGAGGAAAAUGAAUCGGUAUCAUCAGGCUGCUUCCAGUGAUGGUUCUUACAGCUGGUGUUAACCCUGCCCCUCUCUGUAAUUUAAUAUUAAACGACCCCAGAGCAGCAGGAAGUUGAGUGUUCUGAAGGGGAAAAGAGGAAAAGUUCUGUUCUGGGAACUGGGGAACGAGUGUUG